UGUGGGAACCUGGUGGGAAUUGAUUCCUAGGCCAAAAAUGGCCCCUUAUGUCUGUGGAGCAGGAAGGGUUUCUGGGCCCUGGGAGACAGCUGGGACUCACACAGGCAUCUCUGAUUCCUUCCUCCUUCUCUACAGAGUGUCCAAGUCAAGAGAUGGACAUUGUCUUCCUGAUUGACGGUUCCGGUAGCAUUGCCCAAAGUGACUUUCAGCGGAUAAAGGACUUUGUCAGAGCUGUGAUGGGACAGUUUGGAGGCACCAACACCCUGUUCUCCCUGAUACAGUACUCCAAUCACUUAAAGAUUCACUUCACCUUCACCCAAUUCAAGAGCAGCUCGAGCCCUCAGAGCCUGGUGGAUCCCAUCGUCCAACUAAGAGGCCUGACGUUUACAGCCACGGGCAUCCGGACAGUGGUGCAAGAACUAUUUCAUAGUAAGAAUGGGGCCCGUAAAACUGCCAGGAAGAUCCUCAUUGUCAUCACAGAUGGGCAGAAAUACAAAGACCCACUGGAGUACAGUGACGUCAUCCCCCAGGCAGAGAGAGCUGGCAUCGUUCGCUAUGCCAUUGGGGUGGGAGAUGCUUUCCAGAAACUCACUGCCAGGCAGGAGCUGAACACCAUUGGCUCGGCGCCCUCUCAGGACCACGUGUUCAGGGUGGACAACUUUGCAGCACUCAGCAACAUCCAGGAGCAGCUGCAGGAGAAGAUCUUUGCAGUUGAGGGAACCCAGUCGAGGACAAGUAGCUCCUUCCAACAUGAGAUGUCACAAGAAGGCUUCAGUUCAGUACUCACGAUGGAUGGACCAGUUCUGGGGGCUGUGGGGAGCUUCGGCUGGUCCGGAGGUGCCUUCCUAUACCCCCCAAACAAGAGCCCCACUUUCAUCAACAUGUCUCAAGAGAAUGUGGACAUGGAAGGACUCUUACCUGGGUUACUCCACUGAGCUGGCCUUUUGGAAUGGGGCCCAGAGCCUGAUCCUGGGAGCCCCCCGCCAUCAGCAUACUGGGAAGGCUGUCAUCUUCACCCAGACGUCCGGGCAAUGGAGGCCGAAGGCUGAAGU